AUGGGGUUGGUCGAGAUUUUACUCUUUCUUCUGGCAUCCACAUCAAUGGGUUCAAUAAGAACAGAAAGUAGAUCAACAAACACAACUUUCCGCCUCCCUUUUUCUUGUCGAAAAAGUUGUGGGAGUAUCAGCUUCGGUUAUCCUUUCGGCAUCGACGAUGGCUGUUUCCGGACGGGCUUUAAUCUUACCUGCAGAAACCAUUCCACCAGCUCUCCCAGGCUUUUCCUGGGUGAUGGCACCAUCGAGCUAACUAGACUCAAUCAAAAAGAGUUACACUUGGUGAAUACCUCCGGCAUCAAGGUCAUCAUGUUCGAUGGUGAUGAUGAUGUUCUCCAAGGAGUAUUAAAGGGAAGGAGAACGAAUGCGGAGGCCACCUUGGCGUGGUACAUGAAUGAUCACCUCUCAUGCGAAGAGGCCAAGAAUACGGAUACGUACGCUUGCGUUAUCAAGGCAAUCCCUAUGUACCUAGUGGCUGUCAAGGGCUGUUACAGAGGCAAGUCAUUUGCUCUGACAUGCAACGAGACGUCCGGUCCUCCCGUUCUCCUAUUCAAUUCCCAUUACAAAGUGAGUACUAUAUUGCUGGAGGAAGGCAAAUUGGAAUUGGAACGGGUUAACGAAUACGAUUAUACCUUCGAGAGCGAGAGAACCAGACUGUUCGCUUGUUUUGAAGAGCAGACCAUCGUCAGUUGGGUAAUUGCUUCCCAGUUUUGCGAGGAUGCUCGAAAGAACAUGACCACCUUCGCAUGUGUCGAUGCUCACAGCUCAUGUUUCGAUACAACAACUACUAACAAUAUCCAGGAUGUUUCGGGAUACUAUUGCAAAUGCUCACAAGGUUAUCAAGGAAACCCUUACCUUCGUCAUGGAUGCAAAGAUAUCAAUGAGUGCAACUCAACCGAGAAACCUCUUUGCUAUGGGAUUUGUACUAAUACGGAUGGCGGAUAUACUUGCACUUGUGCAGCCGGCACAUAUGGUGAUCCUAAACUUGCACCCUGCAUUCCUAACAACAAAAAGCAGACUCUUCUGUUAGGUGUCAUCAUUGGUGCAAGCAACGGCAUAGGCCUAUUACUCUUAUGUUCGAGUCUCCUCAUCCUGAGAAGGAAAUGGAAAAAAAGAAAACAAAAGAAAACUAGAGAAAAAUACUUCCAUCAGAACCAUGGUUUACUGCUACAACAAUUAAUCUCGUCUACUGAAGAUAUUAGUGAGAAAACAAAGAUAUUUUCUCUGGAAGAGAUGGAGAAGGCAACUAAUAAUUUUGAUGAGACUCGAGUGCUCGGCCGCGGCGGACAUGGAACGGUUUACAAAGGAAUUUUGUCAGAUCAACGUGUAGUCGCCGUAAAAAAAUCUAAAUAUAUGAAACAAAGUGAGAUAGACCAGUUCAUCAAUGAGGUUGCAGUUCUUUCUCAGAUUAAUCACAGGAAUAUAGUUAAGCUUUUCGGGUGUUGCUUGGAAACUGAAGUUCCCUUAUUGAUCUAUGAGUUUAUCUCGAAUGGGACUCUUUUAGAUCAUCUCCAUAUUCCAAAUGGUAACUCUAUAUUAUCAUGGGAUGAUCGCUUGAGAAUUGCUGUUGAGGCUGCUGGAGCACUUGCUUAUUUACACUCGGCUGCUUCAAUUUCGAUAUUUCAUAGGGAUGUCAAAUCAUCAAAUGUGCUCUUAGAUGAUCAUUUAACUGUAAAAAUAUCAGAUUUUGGAUCUUCAAGACUUAUUCCACUCGACCAAACUCAUUUACUCACUGGUGUACAAGGCACCUUUGGAUACCUUGACCCGGAGUACUAUCAUACCAGUCAAUUGACAGAGAAGAGCGAUGUUUAUAGCUUCGGAGUCAUUCUUCUAGAGCUUUUAACAGGUAAAAAGCCAAUUUUCUCCACCGAAUGUGAGGACAGACUAAAUCUAUCUAUGCAUUUUCUUCAAACGGUGAGAGAAAAUCAUCGCUUUGAUCUUAUAGAUGAUCUUGUUAUGAAAGAAGCAACCGAAGAAGAGCUCAUCGACAUGAUUGGAUUGGUAGAAAUGUGUUUAAGAUUGAAAGGGGCUAAACGACCUACGAUGAAAGAGGUGGAGUAUAAAGUACAGAACUUGAGAAGGAUCAGACUGAAAAAAACAGGACAUUGUUUGGUAAAAGUUGACGAAGAAACAGAGCAUCCACCAAGAGACUCACCUUAUGCCUUCUCUGAAGUCGUCGACCAAGCAAAUCAAUAUACAUCCAGGAAUUAUACCUUAGAGAAAGAAUUUAUGUGGUCGCAUCAUUGCCCACGGUGA